GUUGUUUAAGGAAGACACAAAAACCAGUCCAAAAUGGUCCAAAACCGUCUUGCACACAGCUCUGCUUGUCACGUUAUGUACUUUAGGUAAUCAUUGGGAUGACUGGAUUAGUUUUAUUUAUUGAAUGUAAUUGUUUUGACUCAUAUUAAAUGUUUCCAAGCCAUACCAGAAAUAAUUUUGAGACUAAGUUGUCGAAAUCUACGUGAAACAGUCAAAAUAACUUAUCAUCCUCAUCACGAUCAUGCUGCUUGAGUUUUUUCUCAUUUUGGCAUCAUUUUGCAUCGGGGAGUCAAAGAGAAGAAAUGUCCUUCUAAUAAUUGCUGAUGAUGCAGGUUUUGAGACGGAGGUGUAUAACAACUCUGUGGUCCACACCCCCCACCUGCGCGCUCUGGCCCAGCGUAGCCUGGUGUUUAACAACGCCUUCACCUCUGUCAGCAGUUGCUCCCCAAGUCGCUCCACCAUCCUCACCGGCCUGCCACAGCACCAGAACGGCAUGUACGGGCUUCAUCAGGGUGUUCACAACUUCAACUCGUUUGGCGGAGUACAAAGUCUGCCGCUGCUCCUUAGCCAAGCCAACGUGCACACAGGUAUAAUUGGGAAGAAGCAUGUAGGUCCUGGAUCUGUAUACCCUUUUGAUUUUGCCUACACAGAAGAGAAUAACUCUGUCCUCCAGGUGGGGAGGAACAUCACGCGUAUCAAACUCCUGGUACGAAAGUUUUUCCAGACCCAUAACGAAGAAGCCUUUGAACGUAGGCGAAAGAAAGACGAGAAUAAAGAAAAUAUAAAAGAUGAAGAGAAGCCGUUUUUCCUUUACGUUGCCUUUCAUGACACCCACCGAUGUGGACACUCGCAGCCCCAAUACGGAGCUUUCUGUGAGAAGUUUGGGAAUGGUGAAAUGGGGAUGGGUAGAAUACCUGACUGGACACCAGAAUAUUACACCCCAGAACAAGUAAAGGUUCCUCCUUUUGUGCCGGACACACCUGCGGCACGAGCUGACUUGGCUGCACAGUACACCACGGUUAGCAGGCUGGACCAAGGUAUCGGUUUGGUUCUUCAGGAGCUCAGGGAUGCUGGUUAUGAGAAUGACACUCUGGUCAUCUACAGCUCCGAUAACGGCAUCCCCUUCCCGAACGGCAGAACCAACCUGUAUUGCUCGGGGACAGCAGAGCCCAUGCUGGUGUCCUCUCCAGAGCACAGGGAGCGAUGGGGAGACACCAGCCAGGCCUACGUCAGCCUGCUCGACAUCACUCCCACCAUUCUGGAAUGGUUCUCUGUUCCCUAUCCGUCCUACAGCCUCCCCGGAAGCCCCACCACCCUGGUUCAACUCACCGGUCGCUCCUUACUGCCUGCUCUGGUCACUGAGCCCGGCAGCUGGCACACCGUCUACGCCAGCCAGUCCCUUCACGAGGUAACCAUGUACUACCCAACCCGCUCCGUCCACCAGGGGGCGUACCACCUUCUCCACAACCUACACUAUCGAAUGCCCUUCCCCAUCGACCAGGACCUGUAUGUGUCACCCACCUUCCAGGACCUGCUGAACCGCACGAAGCUGAGUGAGCCCACGCACUGGUUCAAAAGCCUGGAGCAGUAUUACUACAGAGAGCGCUGGGAGCUGUUUGACUCCAGGACAGACCCACUGGAAACGAGGAACCUGGUGUCCGAUCCACACUACAGCGCCGUGCUGGAGAGCCUGAGGCAGAGUCUGCAGAAGUGGCAGUGGGAGACGGGUGACCCCUGGGUCUGUGGACCUGACUAUGUCCUGGAGGACAAACUAGAGCCACACUGCAGACCACUCUACAAUGGACUCUGAUGGACACUACUGGUACUUCUACUCAUCUUGAUUGACACAAUGUCCACGCACAUGAACACAUUCUUCUUAUAACAUUCAUAUGUAGUUUUAUUUUUGUAUGUCAGUGCUACUUUUUAAUGCAAAAAAUAAACUUAAAUUGCCUUAAUUCCUAAUAUUGUUUGAUAUAGUAUCAUUCUUGUUCUUUAUGUAACCAGAUAAUUUCGUUAUUCAAGUCAGUUAACCUUCUUAUCUGGCUCUAUACAUUUAAGGUACAUUUUCUCAUCAUCCAGACCCCUCAUAACUUAAUAUAUAUAGUUAAUUGAACAAAUAUAGAUGCAUUUCUCUUUGUUUUUAGUCUCCAUCACUGUUGUUCUACUGCUGAUCUGCUAAUACACAGGCGGGGGAGUUCAUGACGUAUGACCGGUGAGGUCGGCAAAUCAAUUGGGAAAAGGAUGUAUAAUGAUUACUCGUAGCUCCACUUUGAAAGGAGACUGAUACUCAAUCCUUUCCUGUGGAAAUCUGUUGGGAAUAGAAUUUUGAUCAGUCAAUUAUUCACUCAUGUUUAUUGAUCUGCUAUUUUUAUUAACUAAUCUGUCCAUAUUCACUCAUAUUGUGGUCUUCUGAAGCCAUGCGCAGUGAUUCUGACCUUUUGAUGCAUGCACUGGGUAAGCACGGACCAAAGUUAUUAUGCACUUUGUGUGUGAUUUCCAGACACAUUGGUCAGACUUUUUUUUUUCAACUGACUUUUUACUUGUGUCUUAAAUCAUGCGCAUGAACACAAUGAAAGCAGCAGGGCCAGUUGGUAUCAGUGGUUCUCAUACUCUGUGCUGACCAACUAGUGCUGGUGCUCGCAGUCAUAUUCAACCUGUCCCUGUCUGUCAUACCCAGGACAAAUGGUUUGAAAAGUCCACCAUAAUUCCUGUAUAACAUUUAUUAAGUGAUUCUACAGAUGAACCAGUCUGUCUUUUUUAAGUUUAUGAAAUAUAUUGAUGCUUUUAGACAUGCAGGAGAUUUUAACAAUUAGUUUGUCAAAUGAAUGAGACAUAAAAAAACUCCCUGCUCAUUAA